CUCCGCAAAACUUCGACCAAUGGAUCCUAAUCCAUCAACAUCACAAGCUCAACAUACCACCGCACCGACACCUGAAGUUCCCGAUGAUUUGGAGGCUAAUCCUUUGAACGGACGAUCCACACCUAUCACUUCUGCACCUCGUCCAUCAUUAUAUCAACUUUUUAGGACUUCCCUCUCACAUUCGUUGUCGGGUUGGUUCUGCCCUGCUUAUCUUGUCGAUUGGGCAGUUGUACUGGCUGCUAUUGUUCUUGAAAAAAUCUACUUAACUCCUCUCAAGCCAUUCCAACGUGAUCUCUCUAUCUACUUCCCUAGCCCUGAGUACCAUGGAAUACUCAAGCCAGAGCACAUCUCCGAAGAAUGGCUUCAUCAUUUCUCUGUGACUUUACCAUUCUUGGUGCUUAUCAUCUUGACUCUACUCUCCUAUCCAACAGGAGGCGUUCAUUUGCUUCCUACACUACAUCUCUCUCUCUUGGGACUUUUGGCAUCUCAUGUGAUCGCACGUUAUCCAACUGACUUGCUCAAGGUUUGGGUAGGACGUUUGAGACCUGACUUUUUUUCGCGCUGCUCUUAUUCAGUUACCACCAACACUUGUAUAGCUCAUCAUUCCAACUUUAAAUUGAUCGAAAAGGGUAUGAAGAGCUUCCCCAGUGGUCAUUCUGCCGAAGCAUUUUCUGGCUUAGGCUUUUUGGCAUUGUGGAUUGCUGGGAGGAACGGUGCCUUUGCAUUUGGUGGAGAUCGACUUCGUGGAUCGGGUCCAUUGGAAAGCCGGCUGCUCAAGGGUUUGGUAGCUGUAGUGUGGUUGGUGCUAGCAACUUGGAUUGCUGUGACCCGCCUUCAGGAUAAUCUCCAUCACUCUACUGAUGUUCUAGCCGGUGGUUUCAUCGGUAUAUCUUCGGCUCUCAUUGCCUAUCUGUUAUACUUUCCAUCCCCGUUCGAUGGAAACACAUUGGGCACCACUAUGGGUAAACCUCGACAGGUCUAUUUCUCUACGCCACACCUAAGAGACGAUUAUCCUACAACGAGGGAGGGUGCCAUCGCACUACCUGGACCUGAGCAGUCAAUUCGAGUACACUCAGGGUCGCCCUAGUCUUUGAACCGCUUGUACUAUUCGUCAAUUGUCACUUGUAUUGGACUUGUAAAAACACUCUGCAGAUUCACUUUUUUUCAUGGCCUGAUAUAUUUUGAGGUUCUCGACGUGAUCUGAUCAUUUGAUCCAAGCGAUCACUGCCACUCCGAAUGUUGUACUAUUUGUCUUCCAAUAUCAUCAGAAAAUUGAGUUGAGAUAUGGCUUAUCUGCAGCUUUCUCACCUGCAGGCAUCAGUUUGAUUAAUUUUAUUAUUUGCUGGUGUGAAAGACGUACAUAUUUGCAUGACUUGAAAUAUGUAGGAUUUGUGUGUUGUCUUGGAUUGAUAG